AUGGCUAGCCAGGACACGAUGAUGAAGAAAAUGGAUGCAAAGAUUGAUAAGGUUGCUCAGUCUAACCAAGCAUCCAUUCAUAAUUUAGAAGUGCAAGUAGGUCAGUUGGCUAAAUUGGUUGCAGAAAAAGAUCGAGGUAAGUUUCUUAGUACCACUGAAAUAAACCCUAAGGAAGGAGCUAUGGCUGUCACCUUGAGAAGUGGUAAGAUAUUGAAUGAAGUUAUGAAAGAAAAAGAACCCACGAGUGUUGAAAAAGAGAGUGAUAAAGAAGAAGAGCAAGUUCCUAAAGAGAAUUCUAGUGAUCAAAACCUCACUUCCUCUACAGUAAAACCUUAUGUACCCCCCAUUCCAUACCCACAAAGGUUACAAAAGAGGAACCAGGAUAAUAACCUUAAGAGGUUUUUGGAGGUUUUUAAAAAAUUGCAGAUUAAUAUUCCUUUUGUAGAAGCACUUGCCAAUAUGCCAUCUUAUGCCAAGUACAUUAAGGAAAUUGUGUCUAAUAAAAAGAAAUUGGAAGAGUUUGCUACUGUGCACCUAAAUGAGGAGUGUAGUGCUAUUCUACAAAGCAAAUUACCUCCUAAGCUAAUGGAUCCAGGAAGUUUUUUUAUUCCUUGCACUAUUGGUAAUACUGUUAUUGAUAAAUGCUUAUGUGAUCUGGGUGCCAGUAUUAACCUUAUGCCUUUAACUCUUUUUAAGAAGUUGGAAAUAACUGAAAUGAAGCCAACAACAAUCUCUAUCCAAAUUGCGUGUUACGGCCUUUAA